AUGUGCUCAGGUGUGGUGUCAUUACUUCCUUUCACCACCAUCACCUACUCCAACUACGAUGCAAUGUGCAUCUUCAAGCUACAAGUCAGUGCUUCACCUGCAUACACAUUGUCAACAACAUCAAUACUGAUGCCAUUCAAUGACAUCAUGCCAGACAGACCAGUGGGGGUGGUGAAGAUGAUUCAGUGA